UAAAACAUAAAUAUCAAUUAGCAUGUUAUAAUUACGGCAAUAAAAUUCAAUUCAUCGGCAAUUCAACCUAAUUACAGACACGUUGGAGUGGAAAUCCAAAAGGUCUACUUGGACCGCUCAAAGGAGGGUUAAUCCUCGAAUUCUUAGCGACCCGUUUAAAUUUCACGUACGAAAUGGUUAGAGUGACGGGAUACAGAGCGGAGCCAUCAGAAAAUGGACCAGGACUGCUUAACUAUUUAUGGGAUCAACAAUGCGAAUUGCUGGUCAACGAUCUGAUUCCGACAUUCCAGCGCAAUAAAGUGGUCGAUUUCACACUACCUUGGGCUUACGAUCACAUCAAAUUCCUCAUUCCCGUCACUGAUGAAUCGGCCAACAUCAACGCCGUCGUCAAACCUUUCCAAUGGCCGGUUUGUAAUCCCGAGAUAGAUGACAUUCUUUUUCGUGUUCAACAGCGUCCAUUCUUCAAUCAACAGAUUUGGCUGGGAGUAGGAAUAUCAAUCGUUUGCGUCAUCGCAGUUUUAGAUUUAAUCCAGCGCUACUUGGAAUCUGCAUCCGGGACAGGAUUUGAACCUAACAAUAAACCACAGACUGGAGGGUUGACGAACGAUGGGCAACUUCGUGGAACGAAAACAAAAACCGAAAAACCAUAUCUCUACGUUGUUGGCAAUUUAGUAUCACAAGGUUUUUCGAUCUUACAAGUUUUGUUGAGUGAAUAACAGGGACAAAAAAGUCAAAUAUUGUUAUUAAUUAGGCGGUG